AUGCCGAAUGCCAACCAUGGCAUGCGAAGACCUUCAUCAACCUCCUCGGACGUCAAGGGCGGCGACAAUACGUCUCAGCGAGACGAAAUCAUGGAGAUCCAUAGCCAGGUGCUCGAAAUGAUGGAAAUAUUUAAGCGAAUGUCCGCGAUGCUCGAGAGAAUAGAAACACGGAGUAAAGAACAAUAUGAUGCCAAUCUACAGGCCUCUGUGAGAGAAGAUCGGGAUGUAGCACGUACGUCGAGAAUGAGUACAAUGAAUGGAAGGAGGGGGAAUCCGAUAAUUGGACAGUCCCUGUUGGUUCAUCCCUUGCUAUGGUUGUUACCCGACCAUGUACAUCUGCGAAUCGAAACGAACUACUCCCCUGUGGUGCUCAUGGGUGUGGGUCAUAUGGCUAUUUCUCGGUGGGAGUUCACUAUUGUGCCGGCAUUUUCUCAUAAUUGCGCGUGA